AUGGUACGCAGAUGGCCCUCCACUGGGGUUUUUGAUGGACUCUGCGAUGGGGUAGCAGAUGUCGAAGUUGUAGGGCUUGCGCUACCUGUUGGUGAGGGUUGUUGCGAAGGGGAACGUGAUGGUACGCCACUUGAUGAAACACUGGGAGAACUAGAAGGCACAGCAGAUGCACUUGUAGUGGGUGAUGAGGAUGGUACUGCAGAUGGCCCUCCACUGGGGUUUUCUGAUGGACUCUGCGAUGGGGUAGCAGAUGUCGAAGAUGUAGGGAUUGCACUACCUGUUGGUGAGGGUUGUUGCGAAGGGGAACUUGAUGGUACGCCACUUGGUGAAAUACUCGGAGAACUAGAAGGCACAGCGGAUGCACUUGUAGUGGGUGAUGAGGAUGGUACAGCUGAUGGCCCCCCACUAGGGCUUUCUGAUGGACUCUGCGAUGGGGUAGCAGAUGUCGAAGUUGUAGGGCUUGCGCUACCUGUGGGCGAUGGUUGUUGCGAAGGGGAACGUGAUGGUACGCCACUUGGUGAAACACUGGGAGAACUAGAAGGCACAGCGGAUGCACUUGUAGUGGGUGAUGAGGAUGGUACAGCUGAUGGCCCCCCACUAGGGCUUUGUGAUGGACUCUGCGAUGGGGUAGCAGAUGUCGAAGUUGUAGGGCUUGCGCUACCUGUUGGUGAGGGUUGUUGCGAAGGGGAACUUGAUGGUAAUCCACUUGGUGAAAUACUCGGAGAACUAGAAGGCACAGCAGAUGAACUGGUAGUGGGUGAUGAGGAUGGUACAGCAGAUGGCCCUCCACUAGGGCUUUGUGAUGGACUCUGCGAUGGGGUAGCAGAUGUCGAAGUUGUAGGGCUUGCGCUACCUGUUGGUGAGGGUUGUUGCGAAGGGGAACUUGAUGGUAAUCCACUUGGUGAAAUACUCGGAGAACUAGAAGGCACAGCAGAUGAACUGGUAGUGAUGUACUUGGCAGUGGAGUGGGGCUGCCGGUUUCAGUAG